CGAGCCUUUUAUACGGUCGGACAUGCCACAAAGGAAAUGGUGCCGGUCAGACGCAUCAGGGGUGAAUGGCCACCCAGACAAGUCCCCUCUAAAUUGACACGUCGGAUCUAACCGCGCCUCUCGUCUUUAUCGGUUCCGAAUGUGGCCAGCGAUGUCCGGCUGUGACCCAAUGGACUCUUCUUUUCUUCCGGGGCGACCAUAACACGAACACCUGACUUUGACAUCAGGCGUCAUCAUUGCUUCUAUAAAUAGCGGGCUGAGGAAAUGGCCAAAGAAUCCAAAUUCAGCAUGACAGAAACAUUUGUAGUGGCAGGAACCAACGGCCACAACGGCCAAAUGUGGCACACUCCGACCACUGACUCUGUGUCAGCGGGUCAUGCGUCCGGUGCCAACCGUACGUCCAGGAUGGCCCGUGUGGCCUCUGAUGUCAAGCACACGUGUGCCGCCUAUGUUCUGGCACUCAGGCCCUGGAGCUUCAGCGCUUCGCUCACGCCAGUGGCCCUGGGAAGCGCGUUGGCGUACAAGUUGGAGGGCUCGGUGGACUUGGUUGUCCUGAUGGUGUGUGCCGUGGCCGUUCUGGUAGUGCACGGCGCGGGCAACUUGGUCAACACCUACUACGACUUCUCCAAAGGCAUCGACCACAAGAAGAGUGACGAUAGGACUCUGGUGGACGAGAUCCUGGCGCCUCAGGAUGUUGUCAUGUUUGGAGCCUUGUUAUACUCUUUGGGGUGCUUGUGUGCCACGUUGCUCUUCUUCCUGUCUACACUCAGACUGGAACACCUUGCCCUGAUUUACUUUGGGGGACUCUCCAGCUCUUUUUUAUACACCGGAGGGAUUGGUUUAAAGUACGUGGCCUUGGGAGACGUGGUCAUCCUCAUCACCUUUGGCCCACUAGCCGUCAUGUUUGCCCAUGCCGUGCAGGUGGGCUACCUGUCUGUCCUGCCGCUGGUUUAUGCCGUCCCGCUGGCCCUCAACACCGAGGCCAUCCUACACAGCAACAACACCCGAGACAUGGACUCGGACAAGCAGGCGGGCAUUGUCACGUUGGCCAUCCUCAUCGGGCCCACGCUCUCCUACGUGCUCUACAACCUGCUGCUCUUUAUCCCCUACGUUCUAUUUUGCAUCCUGGCCACGCGCUACACCAUCAGUAUGGCGCUGCCUCUUCUUACGCUGCCCAUGGCCUUCCCCCUGGAGAAGGAGUUUCGUAGCCGAUGCUACACAAAAAUCCCACAGAAGACGGCCAAGCUCAACCUACUCAUGGGACUUUUCUACGUCUUUGGCAUCAUUUUGGCUCCUCGGGGCAGCCUGCCCUUACUGUGAUUCAUACUUCUGUUUUUUUGUUUCUUCUCUUCAUGGUUACGUCACAUGCUUUAAUUUAUUUUUUUUAAUUUAUUUGUCCUGUAGGAAUAGAAAUUUUGGCGCUUUCUCUUUGACAGUGCACAAGUUAUUGUUUAUUCAGUAUUAAGGUCUAGUUGCCAUAUUUCUUCUAAUACAGAUGCCUGAAAACAAAAUUUACACUGCUUUCAUCGAACAUACUAAUUUGUACUGGGUGAUAUUUGCUUUUGCCAGCCAAAUAGUUUUUUUUUGCAUUGUAAUAAAAGUUGCUGAUGCUUAA